AUGUCAGCACCCGCACAAGAUCCUGCUGUAGAAGAUAUCACUCAAAAGACCAAGGAGGUUUACUUGGAUGAUGCCGGUAAGCCCAUCACCAAGAAUGCCUACAAGAAGCUUCAAAAGGACAAGGAGAAGGCUGAAAGAAAGGCUGCUACUGCUGCCAAGAUUGCUGCCGAAAAGGCUGAAAGAGAAGCCAACCAAGUUGAUUGCUCCAAGGACCGUUAUGGUAAGCUCCCUAUGAAUCAAUCUCAAUCUCGCACUGAGACCAAGUAUGAGGAUAUCAACACCAUCAAUGCCUCUCGUGAGGGUGAAACUGUCACUGUCCGUGUUCGUGUACAAACCUCUCGUGCCACUGGUGGUAAGAUGUGUUUCUUUGUCUUCCGUCAAGGCGUUUCCACCAUUCAAGGUAUCAUCACUGCUGACGACGAGACCAUCUCCAAGCAAAUGGUAAAGUACUGUGUUGGCAUUUCUCCUGAAUCCAUCGUGCUGGUGGAAGCCAAGGUUGUCAAGCCUGUCGAGGAAGUCAAGAGUUGCACCAUCUCUUGCGCCGAACUCGCCAUCGAAAAGAUCCACGUUGUCUCUGAAGUCAAUGUUCGUCUCGCUUUCUCUUUGGACGAUGCCACUCGUCCCGAAAGCUCUUACGAAGAAGAUGCUCAACUCUCCAGAGUCAACCUCGAUACCCGUCUCAACAACCGUGUCCUCGAUCUUCGUACUACCACCAACCACGCCAUUUUCCGCUUGCAAUCUGCCGUUUGUUUGCUUUUUAGAGAGUUCUUGACCGAGCGUGGCUUCAUGGAAAUCCACACUCCCAAGCUGAUCGGUGCUGCCUCUGAAGGUGGUUCCAACGUCUUCAAGGUCAACUAUUUCAAGACCAACGCCUUCUUGGCUCAAUCUCCUCAACUCUACAAGCAAAUGUGUAUUGCUGCUGAUUUCGGCAAGGUCUUUGAAAUUGCUCCCGUUUUCCGUGCUGAAGAUUCCAACACUCAUCGCCAUAUGACUGAAUUCAUGGGUCUUGAUAUGGAAAUGGCUUUUAACGAACAUUACCACGAAGUUUUGGAAGUUCUGGAAGAGCUCUUUGUGUAUAUUCUCGGUAACCUCAAGUCUCGCUACGCCAAGGAGAUUGAAAUCAUCAAGAAGCAAUACGAAUUUGAAGACUUUGAGUUCUUGCCCAAGACCCUUCGUCUUCCCUUCAAGGAGGGUGUCAAGAUGCUGAACGAGGCUGGUGUUCAAGUGGGCGAGUUUGAGGAUUUAAGUACUGCCAAUGAAAAGUUCUUGGGUAAGCUCGUCAAGGAGAAGUAUCACACUGAUUUCUACGUUCUUGACAAGUUUCCCUUGGCUAUUCGUCCUUUCUACACUAUGCCGGAUCCUGAGAACCCUGGUUACUCCAACUCUUACGAUUUCUUCUUGCGCGGUGAGGAGAUCUUGUCUGGUGCCCAACGUAUCCAUGACGCUGAUUUCUUGACUGAGCGUGCCAAAGCCCAUGAAAUCGAUCUCUCUACUAUUCAACCCUAUAUUGAUGCCUUCAAGAUUGGUGCUCCUCCUCAUGCUGGUGGUGGUAUUGGUUUGGAGCGUGUUGUCAUGCUCUUCCUCGGUCUUGGUAACAUUCGUCGUUCCAGCUUGUUCCCUCGUGAUCCCAAGCGUUUGGAACCUUAA